GUUAAUCAAAUAAGGACUGCUCGGUGUUAUCUUUUAAACUGGAAAUGUGAAGCUUAGAUGUAAGCCCACAUGCUUUUAAAUCAGUACGUGGCUGGUGCACAGUAUACAGACAGCAUGAACGGUAUACAGUCAGUGUAGAGAACGGGCAUCAGCCAGGACAACUCAUGAAACAUCUGCUCACAUCUGGUUGAAUUCAGGUGUGUACAUCUGCAAAGAGCAGCUGAUCACAGCCUGUACUUUAAAGAAAAUCUACUGAAGUUCUCAGUAAAAAGUGAGUUGUGAUUCUCUUCCCCACACUGAGCCAUUACAACUGAUUUUAGUUCCCCCACCCUUUGAUUCCACUUUAACCCCAGACUGGACUCCUUUUCCCAUUUAGAGGCAAAGAAAACAGAGCUUUUUUUUUCUUCUUUUUCUCUCAUCCUGUUCUACAUAAAUGAUUCAAGCUGUUAUUAUCAAGCUGAUAUUAUUUUAUCGUUACAUUAAUACAUUAAUAUAGCACAAUGUUCAGUAAGCUUGUAUAAAAAUAGCCAGUAAAAAUCUCCUCCAACGAACUACUUCUUAUUUUUAGUACAUUUCAGAGCCGAUACUUUUUCCACUUUCAGUUCAGUGAAAAGGUUGAAUCACUACUUUAACUUUUACUGGAGUAUUUUUCAACACUAGUGCACUGUGGCCACAAAGGGAUGGACAUGGCAGGCAUUCACUGCUUUUUACCAAGUACCUGAGUAAAUCAGUGAAUGCAGGUUUGAUGGGGUUUUUUCAAGUUUGUCAAAUAAUCUGAACUGCAUACAAUUUAUGUGGAUGGCUCAUAUAACACCCCCUCUCGGUGCUAACAUACUUCAGCUGACUUUAAAUGUAAAUUGAUACCACCUGUAAACUCUGCUGCUGCAGUCCACUUAAAAGCAGGAGCCACACUGCAGGCUGUUUGCUUUGUCACACUGUGGUUGGAACCCGUCUUCUUCUUUUCCCAGAUUCUGAAAAUGUUUCAGCGCCUGCUUUUCACAGUCUUGUGUGGAUUUGCAGUGGCCGAUAUCAGUUCGCAAACAGAUCGACACUGGGAGCUAUGGAAGAAAACGCAUAAGAAAGUAUAUUCUCACCAGAUUGAGGAGUUGGGACGCAGACUGAUUUGGGAAAUGAACUUGAAACUGAUUAAUCUUCACAACCUGGAAGCCUCACUGAAUUUGCACACUUACGAACUGGCAAUCAACCACCUCGGAGACAUGACCCCCAUGGAGAUCGCUGGCACUCUCAUGGGCACUAGGGUACCAUCUGACCUGGAGAUGGUUGCUGCGAGCUUCAUAAAAGUCAAUGCUUCUCUACCAGCUUCAGUGGACUGGAGGGAUAAAGGCUUGGUAACUCCAGUCAAAAAGCAGGGUUCUUGUGGCGCUUGUUGGGCUUUCAGUGCGGCUGGAGCUCUUGAGGGGCAACUUAAAAAGUCUACAGGCAUUUUGAGAUCUCUCAGCGCUCAAAACCUGAUUGACUGCACCACAGAUUAUGGCAACCGGGGGUGCAAUGGUGGCUUAAUAGUACCUGCCUUCAAGUAUGUUGUUAACCAAGGCAUUGCUUCUGAAGAUGCUUACCCCUAUAUCGGAAAGCAUAAUCAGUGCAAGUACAACCCACUGUAUCGGGCUGCUAACUGCUCAGGGUAUUGCUGCUUACCAAGGGGGGAUGAGUUUGCACUGAAGGAGGCAGUGGCUCUUGUGGGGCCCAUCGCUGUUGCAGUUGAUGCUUCCAGGCCACAGUUUCGCUUCUACCAUCGUGGCGUGUACAUGGACAACAUGUGUACCCAGAAAGUGAACCAUGGCGUGCUGGUUGUGGGUUACGGCAGAGAGAAAGGACAGGACUUCUGGCUCGUCAAAAACAGCUGGGGUGUACAGUUUGGAGACGAAGGCUACAUCAAGAUGGCUCGGAACCGAAACAACCAGUGUGGCAUCGCUCACCAUGCUUGUUUUCCUUUUGUUUGAUUAAGUUGGGUCUUUGUUUUAUAUUUUGUUUUUUGUUUAAAUAAACUGGAUCACUGACAUCUUAACAUGUUGGAAACUUUAUGAAUUUGCUAUAAAUUUAAAUCUGAAUUUGUUCACUUCUAUGGAUAUACAUUAUACAACACUGGUCAACCCAGGAUCUCCCUGCCCUUUAGUAAUUAAAGCUGGGAAUUUGCUAUAUAAAUGCCAGCUGACAGUUCCCAGUCUCAUUUUAUUUCAAUUUGUCAAAUUGUAUAAAUGUGGCAUUUAAAGAAACUGUUUUGUGGCUUGAGGCAAGUUUAAAUGGGCUCUUUAGAUCCACAAUCCUCUUGACUCUCAUGAGCAGCCCCUGCUGCACCUAUGACUCAACUGCAGCCAGUUUCUGUAAAACAGGGCUCCAUUAAACUGCAGGUUUAGAAAAGGUACAACAGGACUCCUGAGUUCAGAUGUUGAACCUGCACCAGCAGCAGUGACAUCAAACGUACCCCAUCAGUGAUUCAUGAGCCCCAGCCAAUGUUUUUCUUCAAUUAGACACAAACUAGUUCUAAAUCAUCAUGGAGAGCAUUGCUCCCAACUGGAAAAUGAAAAAGUAUCAAUCACAAUACCGCUUUGACCUCCAGGUAUCUGAUAUUAUGAGGAUAAUGCUGCGCUUAAUUCAAGUGUCUGAACCCACAGCUGUUGUCUGCUUCCUGUUGGAUUGCUCUGCUCUGUGGGUUCUUUAUAUCUGUUUGGCUAACGAUCUCUCUCUUCAUAACUCUGCUGUAUUUGAUCAUCAUUCAAAAUAUCUGCAGAGGUCUCUUUUAGUUUUUACAGCCUGAGCUGCUGGAAGCUCUGCAAUCUGAAUAUAAGCUGAAAUAUGCAACUGAUGCAGAAUUUAUAUUUUUUUUUAACAGUUUAACUGUUCAAUAUUUGUUUUAUAUUGGCUUUUGACUUGGUAUCACAUUUUUGGGGGCACCUUUUCACUAAUUGUACUUAACCCUUUUUCUAUAUUUAUGGCUUAAUCUGUUCUAUUUCUUUUCUCAAUUUCUUUUGAUGUAUCCUUAUAGGCCAUUUUGAACAUUCAUUUCUGAGGUUUUGCCUUUUAAAUGUCAUUUAAAAUGGCUUAUUGCAAAAUUAGUUUUAUUAAUCUUACCAGCAAAACAAAAUACAUGUUUACAAUAAUGAAAACAUCAAGAUGUAAUUUUAAAAUCUCUUAUUUCACUAUAUUUUGCGUCUUAGGAGACAUUGUUUUUAAAGUGGUCUUGAGCCCUAUCAACUACAGAUGAACAAUAUCUGAAACCCAUGUCUAAUACCGGACACGCCUGAGAGAUGCUCCAUCUAUGUUCACUGAAGCCUCAUCAGAAAUGGUGUCCAUAGAAGGGUGGCUGUGAAGAAGCCAUUCUUAAGGAAGGGAAAUGGGGAGAAAAGGCUGGGGCAUGCCACAUUACACAAGAACUGAAACGAAAGAGGAAAUUCUUUAAGUUUAAAUCAAUAUGUGCCGAGGUCAUCACUGUAUAUGACAGUGUGUGUAUACAGCCAGCUAUGAAACACAGUCGUGGUUUCCGUCAAAGGUUUUGGAGAUCUAGUCAAAUUUGAUGGAAUUUACG